GGAGGAGGAGGAGGAGGAGGAGUCGGGCGUGCCGGUUGCCGCUGCGGGAGGAGGAGGAGGAGGAGGAAGUGGUUGUGUCAUGGCGGCGGCUGUGGCGGGUUCCGGACCUGGCGCGAGUUCAGCGUCGCGCGGGGCUGGCGGAGGAAGCGGCGGAGGAGGCGGCGGCGGCGGCGGUCCGGGAACCCCUCGCUGGUUCUUCAGCCGGGAGCAGCUGGAGAACACGCCGUCUCGCCGCUGCGGCGUCGAGGCCGACAAGGAGCUCUCGUACCGGCAGCAGGCAGCCAACCUCAUCCAGGACAUGGGCCAGCGCCUCAACGUGUAUCCUUCUGGGGCGAAGGCGGCGGGCAGAGGGACGGGGAGGGGUGGUCGCGGGCCUAAAUGGACGGGAAAGACCCUCUUCGGCUGCUCCCCACCCCCAGCCCGAGUUUUUCCUCCAGGCAGGCGGCCCCUUUGGGGAGCCGAGGAGGCCUCGCCUGCUCUGGCUCCUCCUCCUCCUCCUCCUGGCUCGCCUUUCCCUUCUUCUCCGGCUGAGGGGGUGGGUGGGAGGGAGGCGCCACAGGAUCCCCCGGGAGUCGGGGAGGGAGGGAGGAUUUUGUUCGGCGGCUGCGUUAACGGCUCGGCGCGAUGGCCUUGCAGGCCCCGGAUCCUGCUGGCACGGGUGACCUGUACUGCCUCGUGUGUGUUUGUGUGGCUUGUGAGUUCUGUGCGGGGCUGAAAAUGAGGCUUUUUUUUUUUGUAGUUGUCGCCCCUUGGCGCAGAGAAACUAUGGGCUAGCGUCUCAAAAGGGGGCCUUUUGAAGUGCAGCCGUCUUGUUUCAGCUAAACUGUUCAGUAAUCGCUUUGUGCAUACGUGAUAGGGUUUCGUCUUCUUAAUCUCAGGUUUAGAUAGCAAGUUUUUAGUUUAAGCUUUGUGGGUUGGUUGUGUUUUUUUGUAAAUUGAGAAUAAUCGAGAUAGGUAUGAAAAGGUACCUUGCCCAACAGAAGCCUGCCCCUCCCUACACACAUUCAAGUGGAGGAGAUUUGAUGCUUCUCCUAGCAUGUGGAUUGAGGAGAUCACACAGGGUAGCCUUUCUGCAGCCUAGCAAAUGCUCCCCCCCCCUCAGUUCUUGUUCUGAAAUAAAAUAAAAAAUGGUCAAAGUACUGCAAAAAGUCCAUUAUUUCAAAAGAAAAUUAGGCACUGUAGAAUGUAUUGGGUGUUCUAUACAACACCUUCAGUUGUUUGAAAUCAGGAAUGACAGGCUUAUUCUAAAAACUUUCUUUCUCUACAGAAUUUAGACAUAAUCACAGAUGUUUUAAUUAUUAUUUUUAGCAAGGAUAAUCUGCUAUAAUAGGUUGGACAAACAUUUCCCCCCAUUGGGUAUAUUAACUAGUAGGCUAACUUUAUCCUCAAACCCACUUUCACAGACUGCAACAAACUUAUUACAGUAAAGCUUAAUCACCCAUCCCAAAUUUCCUGUAAGUCCUGUGUAACUUUGUGAACCCACUGUGGGUUCUUGUUUGACAAAUAAGCAUUGUCUAAACUUUUGAAUAUGUGACUGGAUGCCUUGAUUAGCAACAGCUUUCCUAGACUUACAGUGAUGACUUAUUUACAGUUUCCUACACUAGGAAUACUUGCAGAAAGUUAAUCAUUUCUAAAACAACAAACUUUGUGCGGCUUUUUCCAACAAACAUAAUGUAGACUAAAAUGUGGAAUAAUCUGAAAAUCUUGAAAGCUUUAGUAUACAUCUUUGACAAAUAUCAACAAUGCCAACAUACUAACCACCCAGAAUGGCUGUGUACAAGUAAAAAAAAAAAUAGUAUUAACUUAAAAAUAUGAAGAAGUUACAGCCAAUGCAGUGUGAUUUCAAACACACCAUUCCUGAUUUUCUGAAUUCACCACUCCCAAUGAAGCUUCUUGCCCUACAUUCCAGCCUUUCUUGCAAGUGGUUUUACCCUUUGGGGGAUGGGGGCACAAUUCUUUAUCUGUGAGCCCUGGACUAGAUACAGCCUAGUGAAGUUUGGGUUAUAAAGUGUGUUCCCCUGUUUAUUUAACCAAUAUUUUAAAGUUAUAUCUGAAUGAAAUGAAAAUAAAUUAGUCUUGUCUUUUACAUAUUGUGUCUUAUGGUUCAAUUUAAGCGCUUGGAGAGAGAAUUCUAAUUUGGGUACUUAAACAAAACUUCCUUAACUCUCUUUUUAGAUCUCAACUUACAAUUAAUACCGCAAUUGUUUACAUGCACAGGUUUUAUAUGCAUCAUUCCUUCACAAAAUUUAAUAGAAAUGUAAGUACAUCUAAGCCUUUAUAAGAACAGUGCUAUUUGUGGGAUAUGUAGCAUUUAUUUAAAAAUUUAUUUGACAUUAGUUAGUUUCAGUCAAACUGUUAUUUCUGCUUGUAAGUAGUCACCUAUGGUAAGAGAAUCUCAUUUAUAAAAUCUUGUUUACUAUUAGUAUCUUCAUGAACUAAAAAUGCUGUGCUGAUUUUGAUUUAGGUGAGUGUGUAUCUUGCUUAGACUCUCAAAUGAGUGGAUGUCCAGGUUAGGGAGAUUCUUUCACAGCUCUGUGAGUUAAGAGAGUUUGGAUAAUUCAUGCUCCAAUCAGUUCAUUUGGGGGGCAUUAAUGCCAGUGAAGGAUGCAUAAUAGCAUUACUUGAAAGCCAUGGACAGUGUCCAGUAUUCCUGUCCCUUUAAUACAAGACAUGUCCACUUGUAAGGUGAAACUUUUCCCUGUGCGGCUCCCCCCCCCCAAAAAAAAAUAAUCUCCAGAAGUUUGAGAAGACUCUCCAUAGAAGAUUUUUGUGGGUGUCGGGGGAGGAGAGGAAGGGGAAGUCUGGCUAUACAGAGUUGUGCUUACAGAAUGUUGGAUACAACACCAGCUGCUUAUAAACUGGAGUUUGUGGUUCAUAAUGAAAUUGGAACCUGAUAGACCUGUGCCAAUGUGCCUUGUAAGCUGCAGUCUCUCAUGUCCUCCAGAAACUAACAAGAGCCUUAAAGGUAUUUCUAAAAAGUUCAGUAAUGAAAUUUCUUUACACUUACUCACAUUUCUUUACAAAUGUAAUUAGCAUAAACACAGUGGGAGUUUAUUGUAAGUAAGUGCCCUUAAGGGACGCGGGUGGCGCUGUGGGUUAAACCACAGAGCCUAGGGCUUGCUGAUCGGAAGGUUGGCAGUUCAAAUCCCCGUGACGGAGUGAGCUCCUGUUGUUUGGUCCCAGCUCCUGCCCACCUAGCAGUUCGAAAGCACGUCAAAGUGCAAGUAGAUAAAUAGGUACCGCUCUGGCAGGAAGGUAAACAGCGUUUCCGUGCGCUGCUCUGGUUUGCUAGAAGCGGCUUAGUCAUGCUGGCCACAUGACCCGGAAACUGUACGCUGGCUCCCUCAGCCUGUAAAGCGAGAUGAGCGUCGCAACCCCAGAGUCGGUCACGACAGGACCUAAGGGUCAGGGGUCCCUUUACCUUUACUUAAGUGCCCCUUAUCUAUUUUUGUAUCAUUUGGAGUGGAUAAUGAAUGCUCACAUUUUUGUAAUGAGUGAUAAAAUGCAGUAUUUUUGAAACUGGGAUAUAAGAAAUAAAAAUGCUGUAGUGUUGAACAUGGAAGCCAAGGGCAGUGAUCCAAAGCAGUGCAUACACAUGAGGCAGUUGUGUGCAUAGCUGCAGUUUUGUUGUAGUUAUUGUGGCCAUACAGUCAUACCUUGGUUCUUGAGCUUAAUCCAUUCUGGAAGUCCGUUCAACUCCCAAAAUGGUUUGAAAACCAAGGUGUGGCUUCCGAUUGGCUGCAGGAGCUUCCUGCAUUCAAGUGGAAGCCAUGUUGGACAUUCGGCUUCCAAAAAAGUUUUGAAAACCGGAACACUUCCAGGUUUUUGGUGUUUGGGAGCCAAUAUGUAUGAGUGCCAAGGCGUUCAGGAGCCAAGGUACGACUGUACUUGCAUAGACAAGCUAUUGAUAUUGCCAGGGUAGAAAGAAAACCCUGCUUGUAAAUGUGGUUUGUCAUUUCCACAAGCAAGCUCCCCCUUUGCUUGCAGUCAAGGUGCUGAAUAUGGUGCUCUGACCAAGAGUCUAGUUUCUGGUAUUACUCUUGCUUUGUUGUUCCAGCAAUCAUAGGUUUUGUUUAGUCAGCUUGUUGGCAGCUUAUGUAGCUUAGAAACUUCAGGACACCUAGACAAAGUACUUCUGUCUUCUGUAAUAGCCAGAAGUUGCAGAUGGAGCUUGUAGAUUAUAGGUAGCAUCCUUCUCUCUUGCUGAUAGUGUGUGUUAGCCAUAUUAGAGGACUUAAAUUUUGCUUUAAGAAACAUAGUCUGUUUGGUUGAAAUAGUACAAACACAGUAUGAGCCUGUGAUUCUAAUAUUGUUUUUGUCCUAUUUUUCAUUGCUACUGAAUAGAUUCUAUGAUUAUUCUGAUAAAUAGCUAUAAUGUAAACAGUGUAUCCCAUAAGGAUUCAUCAGUGUUAGAUAUUCUUUAAAAGUGUUUGGACAUGAUACUACUUGUGGCUAAAUUUUGUUAUAAAAUGCUUUUUUUUUAGCAUAAAAGAGAAAAUGCAGUAAAUGGACAGAAGAUAUUACUGUUUUGCAAGGAACCUUAGCAGGCUUCCAUGCUUUAAUAACUUGGAGAAACUGUAAACAUUGGUUGCUGAAUGCUAAUUGCUGCAAAGCUAAAUAACUUUAGGAUCCAAGUACGGACAAAUCAGUUGCUUAGAGCACUACUUGGGGGAAAGGGAAACAGAAUUAAAACUUUGUAAAGGCUUGAUAUAUCAUGCACUCACAAAUUCUGGAAAGCAUCUGGUGGGACACUUUAAGCGAGGGAAUUGUACAGUUCAGAUACCAUCACCAAAAAUAUGCUUCUUUGAGGUUACAUAUGUUCAUUUCAUAUGAUGGCAGCACCGAGGGCAACAUCUCUUCUGCUGAUUUUGACUCCUUGCAGGGAGGGGGCUAUAUUUUUGAGAAGGUGCUUUCGAAAGCAGUCUUGACUCAGGUUCAAAUGUCAAGAACUGUACUUUCCAUAUUCUCGACCAACCUGGUGCCCUUAAGAUGUGGUUGGACAACAAUUCCCAUCAACUAUGCUGGGGGUGGGGGGAUUGAUGUUCAAAACACCUAGCUAGCACUAAGUUGGCAAAUGCAGGCCUGGACCCAAACCAACACUGGAAUUCACAAGUAAAUAAUAUCACCAACUCCCAGCGACUGACCAUUUUGUGCUGCUGCACCCUAGGCCAUCUGAGGUUUCUGUUCAGUACCCAGUGGCAGCCACACUUCAAAGGGCAUUAUAGUAGUUGAGAUAAGUUACCAUGUUCUGUGUGACUGUGACAGUGACGGAUGCUUAGUCUCAUUGUGUAGAGCUGGCAUAUCAGCCAAAACUUGGGUGAAGACAAAUUCUUGAGUGUGACUUCCUUAAAUUUUGGAAUUGUUCCUAAGCCCUGAUCAAUAAAACUGCCCAGUGUCAAUAUGUGAUACUUAUCUGGGUUGCUCACACCCAUCCAGGCCCUCACUGAGCCUAAGCAACCAAGCAAGAAGAUCAUUGGCAUGCCUGAUGCAAACAGAAUGGGAAAACAGACCUGAGUGUCAUUAGCAAACUAAUGACUCCAUGCCCCCAAACCCAUGGUGAACUCAUCUAAUGAUUUAUUAUAGAUAUUAAAAGAUAAGAUAGAACCCUGUGGAACUCCACAGGAUAACUCACCUGAGGCAGUCCAGGAGUUUUGUGUACCAUCAUUUGGAGCCUCCUUGUUCAGUAGGAGCUGAAUCACAUCCUACCUUGGUACUAUCUCCUUGCCCACAACAGUGAUCUAGAAUGAUUGAAAGCUUUCCUGUACUAGGGAGUACAUAAGAAUUGGCAGGGUCAUGCUCCCUAUCUUUUUGAUAUAUAGAUCAUCCACAGUUGUACUGGUUGCCUUGGUUUAAAUCAUAGCAUACCCUUGAGGGGAGGGCUAACAUACCGUAUUUUUUGCUCUAUAAGACUCACUUUUUCCCUCCUAGAAAGUAAGGGGAAAUGUGUGUGCGUCUUAUGGAGCGAAUGAAGGCUGCGCAGCUAUCCCAGAAGCCAGAACAGCAAGAGGGAUUGCUGCUUUCACUGUGCAGCGAUCCCGCUUGCUGUUCUGGUUUCUGCGAUUCAGAAUAUUUUUUUCUUGUUUUCCUCCUCCAAAAACUAGGUGCGUCUUGUCGUCUGGUGCGUCUUAUAGAGUGAAAAAUACGGUAAUUAGAGAAUGGGUUGAGCAAUUAACACCAUGUCUAAGUGACAAAAAUAGUCACACCUCAAACUUUGGUUAAAAUAACAAUUGGCUGCAAGACUUGAAGCAGUUGCACCCUCUCACCUGUUGCAUUGAAACAGUAGAAAUGAAAAUAAAUACAUAUUGGCAAUCUUUGCUGCAUAGGAUAUUAAACAUUUUCAGUACGUCUUGUGCUUUCGUUGAUUCUGUAAAGGCUAUUUCAGGAAAAGUGCUACAUUCUAAUAUUUCUAGAUGGCAGAAUAUAGCGUAAUUUGCAACUUCAACAAGGCUUUAUCACACUUGUUUUAAGAUUUACCCAUUUGUUAGAGGUAACUAAUCUUAUGGGAGAUGUGUUGCAACAUUGUUCUCACUGAAGCAUUUUUGUCUGACAGAUUAUAUCUCCUACUGCAUUAUUUUUGGCUGCAAAAGUGGAAGAACAGCCACGAAAACUCGAACAUGUUAUCAAAGUAGCACAUGCUUGCCUUCAUCAUCAAGAGCUGGACACAAAGAGUGAUGUACGUACACAUCAGUCUUCAUAAAGCAUAACUGACACUUUAAAAGACUGCCAGCUUUUUCCUUUAGUCUUGGCAGAAUUGUAAGCUGCGUUGUUCCUUCCCAUUGCAUAUUUGAAUUCACAGAUAAUACAUUUCUACUUAAUAUUAAAUGAUUAUUAUGGAACAUUAGCAGCAGCCUGUCCUAAUAGUUGAAAUCAAAAUAACUUUUUUAAUUGAAAAAUGUUUCUUCCAACUGGGGGAAAAUGCUUGUUUUUUGCUUUAUUGGCAGACUUUGCCAUAUUACACAUUUUUUCUACUUCCCUCAGAUGACCAUCUCUUCUCAUAAAAUAUUGAGCUAUUCAGACAUGUUCUCUAUCUCACCUCUACAUGCAAUGAGAGCAGGAGUCUCAAUGUGCCUCCUUCCUUCCUGUAUUGAGCUCCUUUCAGAACUUAAACUGGGUGUUGUGCAUUUAUUUAAGCACUUUGCAGGUUAGGGACAUAUACAAACAACAUACUCUGUUCAAGCAUUUCCUUUUCAUACAGUUGAGGGGAACAUAAAAAUGUUGAGAAGAGGGUUUGAACCCAGGAACCAUUUCUGAUCUCACUAUGCUUAGAGGUAAGAAAGGGAAAUAAAUGUCUGAACAUCCCCAAUAUUGCUAUGCAUAUUAGAGACAACUGUUGUGUUGAGGCUAAGCAGAACUGUGUGUUUUCAGACAUCAUGAAAGAAACAAAAGCAUGAGAGAAAAUAGUUUCUUACCGUCUUGGUGAUUGUGAUGUGUACCCCAAUAUAAGUGUUGAUAGCCAAUCAGUUUAUUUGGUAUAUACUUUGGUAUUAUUAACUUGUUAAAGUUGCUGUAUUGAUGCUUCAGCAUUUUUCUUUAUUAUUAGGCAUACCUUCAGCAGGCCCAAGAGCUGGUUAUACUUGAAACAAUAAUGCUUCAAACUUUAGGUAAGUAUAUUAAAUGUAUAUAUGAUAUUCUUAAAGCAACUGUAUAGCCAGUAACAUCUUCACAUUAUAGUGUAGUUCCAGUAAUAGAAUACUUACAUAUUUGAUUGAUGGACACACAACAUAUAUAUUAGGAGAAAUCUGAUCAUAGAAGCCAUUUUAUUCUUCUCUUUGCACCAUGUUUAUAGCCUGUCCUUUCAGUGUUAAUCUAGUAUAACCACACUUACUGCAAUAAAUGUACACAUAGUAACUAAGCAGUAUAACUGCUUGCAUUUUUUUAAAAAAAACAUUCAGUGCAAGUACCCUAAACUUACUUUAGUAGUCCAUUAUGAGAUUAUUAAUUUACGCACUUGAAAGAAACAUGGCCCCAGGUACUUUUAAAUUUAUGGACAUAUAUAAUGUAAGUUGUGAAAUAACACAUUUAAUUUUUCAGGUUUUGAGAUUACCAUUGAGCAUCCACACACAGAUGUUGUGAAAUGUACGCAGUUAGUGAGAGGUCAGUAACAAUUUAACUGAUUCUUUCCCUACAUCUCUGUAGGAAGGUGGUGUGACUUGCUAAAACUGUUUCUGGAAUAUUACUUCUGCUGUGAGUAAAUCACUACUAGGUUUUGUUUUUACCUGGCUCUAUAAAGGAUAUGUAGAUUAUAAGUUGUGUGGUGUGUUUCUAAAGUAAAAAUUGGCCCUCCAGGUACAUAUUUUGUAGAUAUUGCUGAUACGGGUGAUUUUGCUGUAAGAUGAUCAGAGAAUAAGGUAGACAUCCAUAUACAAUCAAUGGAAUUGGGGAUAAAGGAUUUUUCUUUUUGCAAAGCAAGGCAGAUAACAGGCCAUAGAUGGAAAUUAUUAAGUACUUGCAAUACAUAGUUGCUUUUGAAGCAUUGGUCAGUUUUCACAGCAUUAACUGUUCUGACUCUCUUUUCCCUUUCUAGAUCUGCAAAUACUUUUCUCCUAGGCCUCCCAUCUUAUUCAAUUGUAAUAUAUUUAUUUUUAUUCUUUCUUUUUAAUGAGGUAGACCUGCCUAAUUUCUGGACCGCAUAUGGAUUAAAUGAUGUGUCACAGUCAUAGUGAGAACUGAGCCAAAGUUCCCUGAAUUUUAAACAACUGUGGGCAACCUUUUUCUGUCUGGGGCUAUAUUCCUUCUGAGUAGUCUAUGGUAGGUAGCGUUGGAGUAAGUGGGAGGAGGCACUCAUUUUUCUUUCUGCCACACCUCCCACUCCCCACAUUUUGUCCUCCUUUCUAGCUCCAUGAAUUUAAGCCAAGGGCUCCCAGGCUGCCCACUCCUGAUUUUUAUUUUUAAAGUUAUACUUGCCUGAAAAUGAAUGACUAGAAUUGAGAUGCUAUGGUAAUACCUUGUUGUUUUUUGGUGACUAUUAUAUUAAAUUAGAAGAAUUUAGCAAGACAGCAUUAUAUAUAAUGGCUUUUACAUCUGUUUCCUCAGUCUUUCUGAUCCAUCACUUUAUUCGAAUUUGCUGGUCACCAUCUUACAAACAUUAAUAGCCUAUAAGAAGAUCUUUAUCUGCUUCCCUACUUUCACAUACAUUAUUUUAAAAAGUUCAUCAUCUGAAAAAGUGCAGGUGAAGAAGACAGCUGUUUGAGAAAGCGCAGUUUAGUCUCUUUUUAUCUUGUGAAUUUUGAAGAAGCAGUUCUUUAUCCCAAGCAGUUCUUUAUCCCAACACUGCCACCACCUUUCAAAGGGGCAGGAUUGGAGAAUACAUGAUUAGAAAUCUUCUUUUAGUGUUGUGACAUCAACAUUUGACAAAUUAAAAGAACUACAGUGGUACCUCGGUUUACGAACUUAAUCCGUUCUGGAAGUCCGUUCUUAAACCAGAACCGUUCUUAAACCGAGGCAUGUUUUCCCGAAUGAGUACUCCCACCGCCAGUGCCCUUCCAGUGUUUGGAUUCCCUUCUUAGACCGAGGUAGAGUUCUCAAACCAAGACACUAUUUUCGGUUUUGCAGAGUUUGUAAACCAAAUUGUUCUUAAACCGAGGUACCACUGUAAUGACAUCCUACAAUAUAAGUGGGGAGCCUCCAGCCUGUGGGCCAGUCUUGGUCUGCCAGAGCAUCUGCCAGUCUUGCCAGUCUUGGUCUGCCAGAGCAUCCAGUUUGGCCUGUAAGCCGUUUUCCCCAAACCAUGCCCACCUGUCUAGUGGACAGGUGCUGUUGUGAGCUGUCUUCCUUAAAGGGUCAGCAGUGCUAAAGCAAAGAUGGAAAAAUCUGUACAUAAUCAACAUAAUGUUACGCUGAGUAUCUAGGUUGGCUGACACUGAGGGCUGCCUCCUUUUGCUAGAGUAAUGGUGAUGGCAGGGUGAAAAACUGGUGGUGACCACUGAAAACUAUAGAGAAUCAGAUGUUUUUUGCUGACCUCCAGCUUCAUUUUUAUUGGCGAGAUGGAGGUCAUCUAUGAUUUACUUAGAGCAAACCUAUUAGUGGAGUUGUAAGGCUUAGGCUAUGAAGACAAUGAUCUACCCCUGAAUUACCUCAAAACAUUAGUUUCCCUAUCCCGGAGUUUUGAAGUACUGGCUAGCUUAUUGUGUUACUUUGAUUAAAUAAAUAAAUUCAUGUUCAAAAAACCUAGUAGCAGAGAUAGUUUGAAGAGUAGCUGAGUAAACACAAACUUUGCUUAGGCAAUGGCUUGCAUUGUGUUCAUUUGCAAGUGGGCCGCUUGUAUUAUCUUCACACAUAGAAAGCAUUUUAAUUUGGGGAAAUAACUAUACUGAUGUCUAAUUUCAUUGUUUCUUUUUUUCUUACAGCAAGCAAGGAUUUGGCACAGACAUCCUAUUUCAUGGCUACCAACAGGUUGUUAUCCUGAACCUCUUUGUUGCACUGUUGUAGCACACUAUAGCUUCCUUUACUGCAGGGUCCCCUACCUGUGUCGAACCCUUGUUGCAACAGGCGACUGGGCCAUCUACUGUGGUGGUACCUUCCUGUUUGCAGUGCGGUGUAUUGUACAAGGGCCUAAUGGCACAAAGGGGUUAAAUGCACGAUGUGAAGUGUAGUGGUGCUUUCUGGUGACUUUUUCUCGAUUGUGAGUGCAUAAGUCUAAAAAUGGUAGCCUGAAUAGCAGCUAAAGAUUACAGAGAGAUAAACUUAACCUAGAAAUCCGAGCAUCUUGGUAAGUACAAAGCUGUUUCUAGUUUACCCUUGUAGUUAAUGGCAUUUUUUUCUUAAUGAAAAUAAAAUAGCAUUGUUUUUUCUAAAAAGAAAUCAAACAACAGCUGUAGUAAAAAAAAAAAAAAAAGCUUUUGUUACAGCUACAUUAGAACUAGCCUAUAAGACAUUUAGCAGUGCAGAAGCUGGCUAGUUCUUUAACAUAUUUAUGUGGGAAAAAAGCCCUACUAUUAAUUGGUCAGAAAUGACCUCUAGCCAGUAGGUUUUCAGUUUUCAGUAAAAUGGAUAGGUGGAAGAGAGAUGUAAAUAAAUUGCAAGUGUUCAGGAAAGUGCCCAGAUGACAUUCGCAUGGAAAAGAUGUGGGUUUAAAAAAAAAAUAUCUGCUGGCCUAAGCAAAGCCUUGGUCUUGACUUCUCCUCUCAACUACUGCAUGGUUGGGAGGAGAAGUAAACAGUGUUUAGUUAUUUCCCCAAUUCAUGUCCUGUUAACUGAUUUAAAAUAAGCUUGAGUCAUGACCACUGGUUUGAAGUUGUCUUAUUUUGUUAUUAAUCAUUAGAUUUUAAUUCACAGUUCAUGGUUCAUAGAUAAAGACCAGUCAGGAAUUGGGGGAAGUGACACUAUAUCCUGAUUUAUUAUUUCUCCUGGCUGUGUGAUAGGGGUUUUAUCAGUAUGUUAACCAGCCUAGUCAUUAAUUUUAUAGAAAAAAGUAGACUUUGCAAAAAGGAGAUAGGUUAAUUUGUAUUCUGAUGCACAGUUUCAGCCUUGGAGAGAGCAUGAAAGCCAGAGGCAAAAGAGAGGAUAACAGGUUUAACUUAUGUGAAGCGGAUAUGAAAUGGAAUGGUGAAAGAAGACGACUUUAUAAAUAAUAUCUAAGAGUUAAACUUAAAUGGAGAGAACAUUAGGACAUUAGAGAGACAUUAGGGAUAUAACUCAGACAUUGGUUUGAUUGAAUGAAAUAAAAAGAGUGAGCAGAAGCCUACUGUAAACAGGUUAAUGGAGAAUAUAAAUGAGGGUUUAGAAGGGGGAAAUGAUGAAUUUUGAAAAUAUGUAAGCAAAAAUCUGAAGACCUGGGAAGAGAUCCAUUGUGUGGCAAGAAUACAGGAAAUAAUGAUCUCCCCUCAAAGUGAUAUUGUUAAGAGAGUUUGAGGAGAUGAAAGAGGAACUAAAUGCCUAUGUUAUUCUGGCUUGCAGUUUGAAUGAUUAAUUAUGAACUGAUUAUGGUGUGGAGAAAAGAAAGGAGCAUGUGAUUUUAAGCUCAUUGUGUUGGAUCCAGAGAAAAUAAAAGUGAAACUCUGCUCAUGCAGCAGGGCUUUCCAGGGUCCACUCCACCCCCCCAAGCCAAUCCUAAGGCACAGUGGACCCUAUGAAACAGCUUGGGAUCGGCCACUGAAGGUUGCAGUAGACAAGGAAAUGAGAGGAAUUGGGUGGGGCUGCCUUGAUUAAACAGAAUUGUUUUUCUGCUUAAAUCUCUGUAUCUAGGACAUAGUUAGUGUAAAUAUGCACAUAAUCAAAUAUUUGUUUAAUAAGUACUUGCUAGGGCGGACACACUUGUUAGAAUGAAUAUCUUUCCACUAGCUCAAAUUUCAAAUCAAUGCUAGAACAUGGAAUUGCCACAGUUGUGUUGCUUCCAGCUAUAAUUUUUUACUUGAUCAUGACUCGGUUGACUUGACUAAUGCAAACUGUUGCAGGCUGGACUGGCAGGGAUUUCAUUUCCCCCUUACAUGUUGCUUUACACAUUACUUCACAAACUUUCAAAAUGAAACAUGCAUUACAAUGCCAUAAAAUUUGAAGGAGUAUAUUUUUGCAGAAAUAUUGAUAUUUAUGAAUGCUAAUAUUUUGAUUUCCUUGUGUAUUAAGUUCCUGUACUGCUGGAAGAACAGAAUACUGUAGUAGUUCUUCCAUUUUAUUAGCAGAAACAGAUCUAAAUUAUUGUGUAUGAAUACCUGUAUGUUUUGUUUUUUAAUAUAAAGUCCCAAAGUUGUACAUUAAAAAAACACAUUUACAUUAAAAAAAAACAUUUACCUUGAAUACUGUGGUGAUAAGUACUCUCUUCUUGUUUUUUGUUCUUUUCCAUGUUUGACGUUUGUUCUUCCAUUGUGAAACAUUUCCAACUACAGUCUGCACCUUACUACAUUUUGUCUUCAAUACAAACCAACUGUGAUAGCAUGUGUCUGUAUACAUUUGGCUUGCAAGUGGUCCAACUGGGAGAUUCCGGUAUCAACUGAUGGAAAGCAUUGGUGGGAAUAUGUAGAUCCUUCUGUUACUUUAGAAUUACUUGAUGGUAAGUAAAAUCUGUUUUCCUUUAUUCUUUUAUUUAAAUUUGUGUUUCUAGUUAUUUUCUUUGUGACAUUCCUGUUAACCUUUACCAUGAUGGCUAAACAGGCACUUAUCCAGCAGUUACCUGCAGACUAGGUGUUUACCAUUUCAGUAUGUAAUGCAAGUUUCUUUUAUUAUAGCUUCACCCAUGCUGAAUGUUAACACUUUUUAAAAAAUGCUGACUUUUAAAAAUAAUGCUACAUUUACUGUUUUGGGUGUGGGUGUGUAUUUACCAGGGUGGAUCACGCUGGAGGUUUAUACUGAGGAGUGGCAUUAAAAUAUAUUGUAUUCCCCCCAUUACUUUUUAACUCCCCCCUCCCCCUCAAAAAAGUAUCUUAAGCAGUGACUUAGAAAACUAGUUUCAGGCAUACGUAAAGUUCUUUUGAUUGAAUAGAUAGCCACUUCGGGUGGGGUUUACAAUCAAGUGGUAUUCUAUAUAAAUUUUGUUAAGUCUAGUCAUCAAAAAGUGCUGAAAGUUGCUAAUAGGAAUUGAGCUAGUUAUUUAGAUGUUUCACUUAAUUUUGUUUUCAUUCACAGAGCUGACACAUGAGUUUCUUCAGAUACUGGAGAAAACUCCCAAUAGAUUAAAGAGGAUUCGAAAUUGGAGGGUAAGAGAUUCUUGUGGUAAAGAGACUGCCUCAUCUAUACUAUAUGUAAGCAUCUGCUGAUCUGCUUUCAGCUUUGUUGAAAGCCAGCAUCCAACCUAUCACUUGCUAGGUGAAUUUUGAUGUUCCAGUAAUUUAACCAAUAAAAUCUUCAUUAUAACAACUAUAAAACAGUUGUGAAAAUGACAUGUAGUAAGCUAGACCCAGAGUUACCCUACCACAAAUGGUAGCAUCUUAAGUCGAGAUGAGGCUUCCACUUGAGGAAAGGAGAGGGGAAGUGAUAUUUGCCAAUUUCCCUUUUGUUGUAUCCUCACACUGUUCUAGAGGGUCUUCAAACCCGAACAGGUGUUUAGGAUGUGCAGAGUAAAGGAGGAAUUUAUGUUAAUCAUCUCCCCCAGCAGAAGUUUGCAUAAUCCAAGUGAGUAUUUUUUUAUUAUUUAGCCAACUGAUGUUCAAAAACACUGAGCUUUUGAGCUCAAUGUUCUUUGUCAAGGUUCAGAGUAAAAUAACUAAUUGCAGUUGCAUCAUGUUCUUCAGUUUUGGAACUGGGUAGCUUCUGCUGACUGCUAGAUGUAUUUGUAGAUGUUACACUUCAGAUUAUGUCCUAAUUUUACACUUUUAUCCUUGUGUAGGCUAAUCAGGCUGCAAGGAAACCUAAAGGAGAUGGUCAGGCAUCCGAUAACUCCCUUCUUGGUUCAUCUUUGGUUCAGAAUUCCAUUUUAGUAGAUGCUGUUGCUGGUGUAUCUGCAAAUGCAACUUUUCAAAAACCAUCUGCAUCCACAUUUCCUGCCCCAGUUCCUCUGAACUCAGGAAGUAUCUCUGUUCAAGAUAGUCAAGAAAAUCUGGCAAUACUGGCCACAGGAAUGCCAGGUACUUCUUACAGUCUGUCAGCACAUCAAGAAUGGCCUCAGCACCAAGAUCAAACAAGGACAGAACAGAUGUAUUCUCAGAAACCAGAUACUUCACUGCCUGGUGGACAGUUCAACAUAAACUUUCAACCAGGCACUUCAUUGCAGUUGCAUUCAGGAUUACAUCACAGAGCUGACAAACUCUCUGAGCAUUCUACUGUGCACAAACCGGGAAACAAAUACCAUGGGCAGGUGACAUCUGCACCUGUAAUAAUGCCUCAGAAAAUGUCGUUGGAUAAAUACAGAGAGAAACGCAAGCUAGAAACCCUUGAACUGGAUGUAAGAGAACACUAUAUGGGCCCUGAACAGCAAUACAAAAAGCACACUCAACCCCAAGCAACAAGUAGCAGUUCUGUAACUUCCCCUAUUAAAAUGAAAAUUCCCAUUACAAAUGCAGAGAAGCCUGAAAAACACAUGCCUGACAAAAAAGAAAAGGGCGGGUCACUCAAAUUGCGGAUACCCAUUCCACCCACAGAAAAAAACUCUAGCAAAGAAGACCUGAAAAUGAAAAUCAAAGUCUCUUCCUCAGAAAGGCAUAGCUCAUCAGAUGAGGGCAGUGGGAAAAGCAAGCACUCUAGUCCCCAUGUUAACAAGGAAAAGCACAAGGAACAUUCCAUAAACCGCCAUCAUGGUAGCAGUCAUAAGCAUUCCCAUUCCCAUACUGGUGGCAGUAGUAGUGGUGGCACUAAACAUAGUAGUGAUGGAUUAACGCCAGCUGUUCUGAGGAGUCCUGUUGGCUUGAGCAGUGAUGCCAAUUCCUCUAGUUCCGGCUCUUCAAGAAAGAGGCUGUACAUCAAUGAUGCUUCUCACAACCAUCACUCCAAAAUGAGCAAAAGUUCCAAAAGUUCAGGUAGUUCAUCUAGUUCUUCCUCUGUUAAGCAGUAUGUAUCCUCUCUCAACUCUGUUUUUAACCUUCCCUUACCCCCUCCUCCCCCUGUCGCAUACCAGGUGGGCUACGGACAUCUCAGCACCCUCGUGAAACUGGACAAGAACCCUGUGGAGAACGGUCCUGAUGCCAGUCACGAGUACAGUACAAACAGCCAGCAUAUGGACUACAAAGACACAUUCGACAUGCUGGAUUCACUGUUAAGUGCCCAAGGAAUGAAUAUGUAACCAGUUGCUUUGGUCCCUUUCUCCUUUUUUAUUUAAGAAUAUUAGAAGGAAACCUUCAUAAGCGCAACCCCAGCAGUUGCUGCCCUACUUUAUAUAGAUAUAUAUAUAUAUAAAUAUAUAUAAUAUAUGUAAGUGCUGCUUUAUCCUUCACUCUGAGAAGAAGAGGUAUAGUAAAUGAGCCUAUCUCCACAUAUGAUAGUGUUAUAAAUACUGUAAAUGACUUGGAAGGUGCAAAAAUCACAGUAUUUUCCACAAACACAGAUGAGAACAGUAGGUUUGAAUGGCUGCUCUUAGCUGUAUGGAAUGCCUCGCACAUUGAUUAUUUAUAACUGAAUAUGCCAGCCACAGUUUUUGUUGCUUAGUUUAUGAAUGAGUGUAUUUUUUUUAAUGUGUAUUUAUACUGUAUGUAUGAUUUGCAUGUUUCAAAGAAGGGAUAUGUAAAGUAUACUGACAAAUGUUUACAACAAAAGUGGAGAGAAAUGUACAUACAUUUUUGUAUGUUUAGAUAAACCAUAAAUACUCAGGAUUGGAGCUGCUUGUAAGUAUGACAAAUAUACAUAACUUUCCCCCCUUGUAUCAAAGUCAAUCAGAAAUAUAAAUAAAAGUGGCACUUCCUGUUAAACUGUAGGCCUUAUUGGGAGCCACUUCCUGAGAGCACUUCACUCAUCGGGGAUCAUGUACCAAGUGUGGAUGGAUGGUCAGCCACAACACAGUAUCUCCAGUGAGGCAAUGUGAAAACUGCUCAGGCCUCCAUUUGUAGUUUUUUUUUUUUUUAAAUUAGAAAAACAAACCCAAGUUGACUGCUGAAAUGUCAGUAGCUUUCAGAAGGGGAAGCAAAAAUAAAGUUUAUAUAAUCUUUUUGAUGUGAAAGUGCAUUUAAAUGUUUGGCUUGAUGCAGUAAUAGAGACACAGAGCUGUUAAUAAUGGUUAUAUAGAUUAACGUGAUUUAAGAACUGAAAUACGUAAACGUAUAGUGAAAUUAGUAAGUUUUUUAAAAAACUUAAGUUAUUAGUGAACAGGGAUCACUGUUUUCCAUUAGCAUUUCAUACAGACAGCCACGUUUUGAAUUUAAAAAAAAAAGUGUGUUAUGUGAGUGAAAUGCCAUAUUUCUUUUACAGGUGGAAUACUAUCUUUGCAAUAAAUACAAUUAUUGGUAUCCCAACUUUUCCCUUAUCUCAGACAAUAAAAGAACUGUCACGUAUGCUACGUGAAUUGUACUUGUGAUUGUAAUAACAAAACUGGAGGUUUUUUCAGCUCUGAAUAAUCACUCGCCAAUUAAACCACUAGUAUACAUUUUUAUGGCUGUAAGUGUCAUAUUACUGUUUUCAUUCACCUGCCUUUUUAAACAAUUGAUGACCGUAGUGAAUGUUGAUGGGUUUUUGUUAAAAGCCGAUGUCCCAUUUUACCAGCUAACCCUAAGUGCAUGGAAUUUACCUCAGCAUAAAUUCAGUACAGUAGCAAGUGUUACUUACUGGGUAUUUAAUGUAAAGAUUUUAUUAAGUUAUCCUCGUGUCUGAGAGGGAUUCACUAUUUGGAAACAUCUGUUCUUGCACAGUUUAUGCUCUAAUUGGUUAUAAACACUUCAGCAGCAAAUCUGAAGUUUAAACCCCGUUAGCUACACUAAGCUAAGUGUUUUAGAUAAUUGUUGAGCAUGUAUCCAAUUUGUAGUUACAGUAUAAUGUAACUACUUGUGCAUCAAUUACUAUGUAAUAUUCAGUCGCCAGUAAUGCAAAACUUUGUACUACAUACUUGAAGACGUUUAUUUGAAUUAUGGGUGUCUUUUUUAAACACUUCUUGAACAUGGACACUAUGAAUAAUGUAUCUUCAGAUUUUAAUCUAGUCCUUAGCCCUUCACAGUCUGCCUCAUCCAAAACUGUUAACUUCUUCACCCUUGUAACUUUUUACAUUGAAAGAAUAUUUCUUAAAACCCUGUAUUGUGAAACUUGAUCCUGCGUCGUUGCAUAUUUUUUAGCCUUUUUAGACUUUAUUCGCUACCUCAUCCAUGCUAUUAAAUCCUGAAGAAUUUUUGCCAUACGGUGUAAGCAAGAUUAAAAUGUCUUAAAUUGUGAUUCCCAGUAGGAAGAAGACAAACAGUAAAUGUUUACUUUAAAUAAAAUUUAUUUAC